GGGGCUUGGGUGUUGUUUAAAUGUUUGUGAAAUUUCUCCUGCUGGUCCUCUUCGCCGUCCAUCUUGCGUAGUGUUUGUUUAAAAUCGGUCGGAAGACCCCCGUUCGUCUGAAAAUGGCCCAGUCAGUCCUGGACUUGAUGCCCGGAGCCUCGACCGGAACCGUGCUGGUGUCGGACCCUCUGAACUUCUGGGCCGGGAAGCGGGUCAAACCUCUGCAGCAGAAAAACGCAGAGCCGGUGUUCGAGCCUGCAACUGGCCGUGUCCUGUGUCAGAUGGUGCCCUGCGGGGCUGAAGAAGUGGACGAAGCCAUUCAGAGCGCACACGCCGCCUACCUAAAAUGGAGCAAGUUGGCUGGCAUGGAGCGGGCUCGGAUCAUGCUCGAGGCGGCCCGUAUCAUCAGGGAAAAAAAGGAGAAAAUUGCAAAGCUUGAAGUGAUCAACAAUGGCAAGUCCAUCACUGAAGCUCUCGUGGAUGUUGACAUAGCCUGGCAGUGCAUAGAGUACUACGCUGGCCUGGCUGGUACACUCGCAGGUCAGCACAUUCAGCUUCCUGGCGGAGCAUUCGCAUACACCCGGAGGGAGCCCCUCGGCGUGUGCGCAGGAAUCGGUGCAUGGAACUACCCCUUCCAGAUUGCAGCAUGGAAGUCUGCUCCUGCUCUGGCGUGUGGUAAUGCCAUGGUUUUCAAGCCCUCCCCCAUGACUCCUGUGACGGCUGUGAUCCUGGCUGAGAUCUACAAAGAGGCGGGGGUGCCUGACGGACUCUUCUGUGUGGUCCAAGGUGGAGCCGAGACGGGCUCGUUGCUCUGCCAUCACCCAAAUGUUGCUAAAGUCUCCUUUACUGGCAGCGUCCCAACUGGCAAAAAGGUCAUGGAAAUGUCUGCAAAGGGGGUGAAGCAGGUGACUCUGGAGCUCGGAGGGAAGUCUCCCCUCAUUAUCUUCAAAGACUGCGAUCUGGAGAACGCAGUGAGGGGUGCGCUCAUGGCAAACUUCCUGACGCAGGGACAGGUUUGUUGCAACGGAACUAGAGUGUUUGUGCAGAGAGAGAUCAUGCCACGGUUCCUGGAAGAGGUGGUCAAGAGGACCAAGGCCAUCCUUGUGGGUGACCCCCUGCUUGACGGCACCCGAAUGGGAGCGCUGAUCAGCAAGCCCCAACUGCAGAAAGUGCUGGGGUUUGUCAGUCAGGCCAAGGAGCAGGGAGCCAAAGUGCUUUGUGGAGGAGAGCCGUUAGUCCUUGAUGACCCCAAACUGAAGGGAGGGUACUAUAUGUCACCUUGUGUACUUGAUAACUGCAGAGACGACAUGACCUGCGUCAAGGAAGAGAUCUUUGGUCCAGUCAUGUCCGUCCUGCCUUUUGACACGGAGGAGGAAGUGAUCAAGAGGGCCAACAACACCACCUUUGGAUUGGCCUCUGGAGUCUUCACCCGGGAUAUAUCCCGAGCUCACCGUGUGGCGGAGAAGCUGGAGGCGGGGACCUGCUUCAUCAACAACUACAACAUCAGCCCCGUGGAAGUGCCUUUUGGAGGGUAUAAGAUGUCAGGCUUCGGCAGAGAGAACGGCCAGGUGACCAUCGAAUACUACUCCCAGCUGAAGACCGUGGUUGUGGAAUUAGGCGACGUAGAGGAAUACUUCUAAGAUCAUCAAGUUUACUCCUUCAAGCACAAUCAAUUAAUGACUUCCUUUUACUUCUCCAUUUAUUACCUCGUUUGUGCCAUAUAAAACCCUUCUGCGUUUACAGACUUCUCGUACAGUUGGACCACAAGCUAUGCCUAAAAUGAGCUUUUUGAACAAGUAGUGAUGUGAAAGUAAAAAUGCACUCUUAUCCAAAUAAAAAAUUUUGGUGGCAAUGUA